AUGUCGCAACAACCAGACGAUAAUGUCAUGCGCAGGAAGCUCGUGAUUAUUGGUGACGGUGCUUGCGGAAAGACCAGUCUGCUUAGCGUCUUUACCCUCGGUUACUUCCCAACAGUGCCAACGGUAUUUGAGAACUAUGUGACGGAUUGUCGAGUCGAUGGCCGUUCGGUCCAAUUGGCAUUGUGGGAUACAGCCGGACAAGAAGACUAUGAGCGAUUGAGACCAUUGGCUUACUCCAAAGCCCAUGUCCUCCUCAUUGGCUUCUCAAUGGAUACUCCAGAUUCGCUGGAAAACGUGAAACACAAGUGGAUCGACGAAGCAAACGAGCGGUGCCCCGGCGUGCCGAUCCUUCUGGUUGGGUUGAAGAAGGACCUUCGCGAAGACCCUUUGGCAAUUGAAGAGAUGCGCAAGAAGUCUCUUAAGUUUGUGACCACCAAGGAGGGCAGUGAUAUCGCCACGUCCAUUGGGGCCCGCAAAUACCUUGAAUGCUCUUCGCUGACUGGCGAGGGUGUCGACGAUGUCUUUGAAGCAGCUACCCGUGCUGCACUUCUUACCUUCGACAAGCGCAAAAGCUCUUGCUGUGUGGUUAUUUAA